UUGUUUGGUAUGGAAAUAUCGAAGAAGGCUGGAUCAGUUGGGAUGGUAUUGCUGGUGGUGAUGGGGUUGAACCACUAGCAGCCGGGUCCGGUCCUGCGUCCGAUAACCGUGACUAAUUGUCCGGAGCUAUCAGCGAUGCGGGUCGGCGUUGUCUUGCGGCGGAAAAAUAUCGAUCGCAGCACACACCUGUUCGGAAUCGUUCGACGGUGCACACAAUGGGGCGCGCACCUGCCCACUAGCUCGCGCGCCGCCGCUCCGCGCGCACACACGCAGCCGCCGCCGACCCGACACCAUGGCGGGGGGGCGCCGCUGACCGCCGCGACGUCACUCCGGCCGCGCCGUCGCCGAUCGAUUCCCUCCGGACAUCUUGGACAACACCGUCCUCCACCUUCUAUUCUCUCAGGGCGAGCAAUGUAGUUGGCCACGAUGCAUAUAACGUCAGGCCUGUCUCCGGCGUCCGGCGAGAUGCUGGACACGACGUCGCUCAACUUUUAUGGCGAUGCGGGAGAUCAGUACGGUACGACGUACUUUGCCGUCGACCACACGGUCCCCGAGUCAUCUCACACCGUCGAGAUAGAAUACGUGUACGAGCAACCAGAAACGUACGCAGUUAACCACGAAGAUUUAGAAAAGGAUGCAGCUCAAUCUGAAACGGUUGCUGCUGCAGAUCAAGAUGAUUACUCUAAGAAGAUACGAACGAAACACAAGCCGAGCAAGAUGGUUGUAGAUGAAGAACCAGAGGCUGAUUUAACGAAUUUGACAUGGCUGCAAAACAUAACGAAUAUUAUGUCGGUGCCGCAGUUUCCAAUACCGCCGAUGUCGCCGGGGCCGCAGGUGAAGCCGCAGCCGCAGAACACGCGGCUGCAGAAGUUCAACCAGACGAUAGCGAAGUGUCAGAAGGACUUCACGGAGAACAAGCACGAGUACCGGACGAACAGUGAGAAGAAGCCUCCGUACUCGUACAGCACGCUCAUCUGCAUGGCCAUGCGGUACAACAACGACAAGAUGACGCUCUCCGCGAUCUACUCGUGGAUCCGGGAGAACUUCAAGUACUACAGGAACGCCGAUCCCACAUGGCAGAACUCCAUAAGACACAACCUGUCUCUAAACAAAGUUUUCGUGAAAGUAGCUCGAUCAAAACACGAGCCAGGCAAGGGCGGUUUUUGGAAACUCGACCUCGCACAUUUAGAAGGAACCAAACGAAUCUCAAAUAGACCACACAAGAAGAAGAAAGCAUCUGCUAAAGAUAAGGUCACAGAAGAAAAAACUGCAAUAGCCAACAUACCAAAAGUGAACGCGGUUGAAGAGAUUUCUAAUGAAAUAAAUCAGGCUGUGACGUUGCAUUUGCCGGAUUUCAAUCUUGGCAGUAUUCAGAGCUUGCCAGACAUAGACUUGGAGACGAACAUUGGCGCCAACGUGAUCGUGGAGCCAGCUAUACCACCUCCUUUGAUCCCAGAAGACGAUCUCUCGUCCCUUCUUUUGAAUCCAACGGACUGGGACGACCUACAACUGGACAUGUUGGACAAUUACCUGGAUUCUUGUUUCAAGUAAGAUUUUACGCAUUUAUUGUUAGUCAGAUUCGAUGUUAGUGAGUGUACAGUUUCGUUUUAGGGGUAGGCGACGUAAUAUUUUGUUUGAAACAAAAAAAAAAAACUGGUGUUUUUUAAUGUUGUCCGAUUUCGUAUAUGACUGCGUCAUAAACUAUAGUGGUACUGUGUAGGUAAUAAUAUUCCUGUAUACCGCAGAUUAUUCAUUAAAGUGCGGAAAAAUUAGAAAUAUCGUUGGUUCUUAUAAAAAUGCAGUGUCUUUCAGGUAAUUUUGUGGCUUAGAUCCGUCCGGUAGAUUAAUAAGUAUUGAAAUAUUAUAAAAGUUUAGCUUUUGAAACAGUGAACAGUAGAGAAAGGGGAUAACGACUUUUAAAUAGGUAUUUACUUGAUUGAUUUGUAAAUGAUACAUAAUUUAGUCUAGUCAAAAAAGGCUUAUGCGAAAGAAUAGGUAAGUAUUAUGACGUUGAAUUUGUUUUUUAUAUAAAACGUAGGGAAACUUCGUAUUAGGGGACACUUAUUUUGAUUCUACAAUUUGGAUUUAAACAAGUCAGUAGCUGUUAGAUUUUUUUUUAUCACAUUUUUAUGUCAUUCAAGUCAAUAAUUAAUUUAUUAUGCAUGUCUCUAUUAUGUGUGUACUAUUUAUAAUGUUAAAGGACGGCGUUAAUUGUUUUUAUUAAUUAAAUUAACGUCAAAAGAAUUAAUAACAAGCAGCAAAAAUUUCGGCACACUUUGCAUGCGAAGUGGAUGUCCAUUUUACAAUAAUGAUAUAAUAUUUAAAGCUCAAAGUAUCAAAUACUGCAAAAGAAUUGUCUCAAAAUUAAUAAUUUUGCUCAAUGAAAGCUCAGUCGAUUGCCUAACAAAUUGGGUUAUCUAUUUGAAAACAGUAUUAUGCACAAUUAAUUGUAGCAAUGUUUUAAGUAAUUAAUAUUAGUAUCUAUAUUUACUCGAUAAAAUGUAUAUUUAUUAGAGAGCAUUAUGUAGACAGCAACUUAAUAAAACCGCCUGAGAAAACGUAAGCUUAUUGAUGGCGGAAAUUAAUAAAAAAACAUUUUCAAGUUUGAAAACAUAUCAGUUGCUGAUCUACUAUUCUCUAUUUAAAUGUAAAAAAUUGUAUACAAUGACGCAUUUACCGCUCAGUAUUAUGAUGUACAAAGUAUUAAUAAAUUAUUAUUUCUAGUUAUUAAGAAGUGUGGCAAUAUUUUAUAUAUAUUUUAAUUAUAAUUAUAAACUACUUAAAAAGCAUUAUCAGAUAAUCCGUCCAGUAUUAUAUGAGAGUUUUGCUCAGGAAAAUUAUCUAAGUGUUGUAAUGCAUUAAAUGCCUGAAAAGGUUUUUUUUCUAUAAUAUAAUAUUUUGAUUGAGAAUUGAGAGUAAGUAAUUUAUGUAUUUUGCAAUAUUGAAAAAAGUUUGUUAAUUAUAAUAAGGGGGUGUCUACUUUUGGAUAUGUAAUUAGUAUUUUUCGGAUUGCAAAUGUGCAGUGACGCAAACAUUGAAAAUUAUAAAAAAAUGC